GCUGCCUUCGCCGCCUCCGCCGCUCGGGCUCCCGGAGACAACAGCGACGGGGACGACGACGACGAGGAGGACUGCAGAGGGUCUGAGGUCUGUCAAUUAAAGGAAGAAAUAGCUGGUCUACCAAGAUGGGAUCUAUUGUUUGGGAAUGUGGUUAAUCAACUUGACAUGUUAGUCAAAUGCAAUCUAUAUAAUAAAAUGAAAAGAAAAGACAAGAUGAUGUCAUUUACCUGUAUUGUGAAACCAAAAACAAAUGCCUUUUGUCAGAUGAGGUUAACAAAGCUGUGUCGAUGCAAAGAAUAUUUAACUGUUUGCAAAGCUUAACAGCAAGAAGUGAAGAAGUAUUUCAAGCAGAGACCUGCAGGUGCAUGAUACCUAAAAUUAUAUUUAAUAGGCCUAUUUAUCUGAAUAUUAUUCAGAUCCAAGAAGGAUGGCUAUAAGUUGGAUAUUCUCCUGUCUUUGGUCCAUGACUAUGUUUGUGGGGUAUAUCAGUGGGCACAGUUUAUUUUCUUGUGAGCCUAUCACCUUGAGGAUGUGCCAAGACCUGCCUUAUAAUACUACCUUCAUGCCUAAUCUUCUGAAUCAUUAUGAUCAACAGACAGCAGCUUUAGCAAUGGAGCCAUUCCACCCUAUGGUGAAUCUGGAUUGUUCCCGAGAUUUCCGUCCUUUUCUCUGUGCACUGUAUGCACCUAUAUGUAUGGAAUAUGGACGUGUCACACUACCCUGUCGUAGGCUAUGUCAACGGGCAUACAGUGAAUGUUCCAAACUCAUGGAAAUGUUUGGUGUUCCUUGGCCAGAAGAUAUGGAAUGUAGUAGGUUCCCAGAUUGUGAUGAACCCUACCCUCGCCUGGUAGAUCUGAAUUUAGCUGGAGAGCCAACUGAAGGAGCCCCCGUGGCAGUUCAAAGAGACUAUGGUUUCUGGUGUCCCCGAGAGUUGAAAAUUGAUCCUGAUCUGGGCUAUUCUUUUCUUCAUGUUCGUGAUUGUUCACCUCCUUGUCCAAAUAUGUACUUUAGACGAGAAGAACUUUCAUUUGCUCGAUAUUUUAUAGGAUUGAUUUCCAUCAUUUGCCUCUCUGCCACAUUGUUUACUUUUUUAACUUUUUUAAUUGAUGUUACAAGAUUCCGCUAUCCUGAAAGGCCUAUUAUAUUUUAUGCUGUCUGCUACAUGAUGGUGUCAUUAAUUUUCUUCAUUGGGUUUUUGCUUGAGGACCGAGUAGCCUGCAAUGCAUCUAGCCCUGCGCAGUACAAGGCUUCCACAGUGACGCAAGGGUCUCAUAAUAAAGCCUGCACUAUGCUUUUCAUGGUGCUCUAUUUCUUUACCAUGGCUGGCAGUGUCUGGUGGGUCAUACUUACCAUCACAUGGUUUUUGGCAGCCGUGCCAAAGUGGGGGAGUGAAGCUAUUGAGAAGAAAGCAUUACUUUUUCAUGCCAGUGCAUGGGGCAUUCCUGGAACUCUCACUAUCAUCCUUUUAGCUAUGAAUAAAAUUGAAGGUGACAAUAUCAGUGGCGUAUGUUUUGUCGGCCUCUACGAUGUUGAUGCAUUGAGAUAUUUUGUUCUGGCUCCCCUCUGCCUGUAUGUGGUAGUUGGAGUUUCUCUUCUAUUAGCUGGUAUCAUAUCCUUAAACAGGGUUCGCAUCGAGAUUCCCUUAGAAAAGGAAAAUCAAGACAAGUUGGUGAAGUUCAUGAUCCGGAUUGGUGUGUUCAGUAUUCUGUAUCUUGUACCACUGUUGGUUGUAAUUGGAUGCUAUUUUUAUGAGCAAGCCUACCGUGGCAUAUGGGAAACAACAUGGAUACAAGAACGCUGCAGAGAAUAUCAUAUUCCAUGUCCCUAUCAGGUAACUCAGAUGAGUCGACCAGACCUAAUUCUGUUUCUGAUGAAAUAUUUAAUGGCUCUCAUAGUUGGUAUUCCCUCCAUUUUUUGGGUUGGAAGCAAAAAGACAUGCUUUGAAUGGGCCAGCUUUUUUCAUGGACGCAGGAAAAAGGAGAUGGUAAAUGAGAGUCGCCAAGUCCUUCAGGAACCUGAUUUUGCCCAGUCCCUUUUGAGAGAUCCCAAUACUCCUAUUAUUCGAAAAUCAAGAGGAACCUCUACCCAGGGAACAUCCACACAUGCGUCUUCUACCCAGCUGGCUAUGGUGGAUGAUCAGAGGAGCAAAGCGGGGAGUGUCCACAGCAAAGUGAGCAGCUACCACGGCAGUCUCCACAGGUCUCGUGAUGGCAGGUACACACCUUGCAGUUACAGAGGGAUGGAGGAGAGACUCCCUCACGGCAGUAUGUCACGUCUAACUGAUCACUCCAGACACAGCAGUUCUCACCGGCUCAACGAGCAAUCACGGCAUAGCAGCGUGAGAGAUCUCACCAAUAACCCCAUGACUCACAUCACCCAUGGGACCAGCAUGAAUCGGGUUAUUGAAGAGGAUGGAACCAGUGCUUGAUUUGGUUUGUUCAGCCGGGUGAACUUGGGCUCUUGUGAAACCUGGAUUCCAUUUCUUUGCCAUUGCAUGACUGAUUACAGUAACUCAGUAUUAUCAUGCUUUCAGUCAGGUGCUGAUUGUGUAUGUUGGGAAAGCAAAAGUGUCUCCUGUUUUUUAAAAUCAUAUUUUUACAUUGCAUUAGAAUUGGAAUAUUGGAUGGUCCAACAAAUUAGAAAUUAAGAAAUUCACUCAAAAUAUAGUUCUGUUCAAGGUUAUUAAUUACUAAUUUAUUCAGUCUUUUUUCCCCCAGUAGACACUUUAUGGAACUUCUUAUUUUAUAUUUAGAAAAUUUUAAAUGUGUAAUAAUUGCCACUUAAUCAUCCUUUAUAUAAGAAGAAGCUGAUGUUGACACGAUAUUAAGGUAUCCAAGGAAAAAAAACAGCAGAUUCUGAUGUUAAAGGAAUUUUGUGUCAGAUAAAUAACUUUGUUUCCACUAAGUAAAGAAGGCUUUCAUAUUAAGAGCUAUACCUAGAAUUUCAGAAACCAUCAAUUGUGUUUUAACAAAUGCUGCAGAAAUACAGUACGAAAAUCUGACUAGUCUAUUAGAGACCGUUUGCAAAUUCUAUUUUAAAAAAUAGUAACUCCAGAGAUUACAUACUAGGAUUAGCUUUAGAGGAGAAGAAGGUAAGGGAUUCCCCUCCCCUACCCUCCCCACAUAAUUUUGUCAUUCUCACUGUUAUCAAGUAUAACUUGUGCUCAUUUCUAGCUUGUUUACUUGCAUGGCAUAGAAACUUCAAUUUGUAUGCAGCUAAUCACUUAUAAUAUUGUAGAUUUUAAAGAAAAUCCAUACUCAGAUCAAUUCCAUCGAGGUAUGUAUGAGGAUAAGGAGACAAGAAUUUAUAGUGGCCAUAAUCUCAAAAUACCUUCUCUUUUUUCAAUGGUGAAGCAUUUUCCCAUAAUGAAACUUUGUCUCUGCCCUGUUUUCUGAUCAGUAAAACAGCUAAAGUGUUGAAGAAGAGAUAGGAUGCUCACAAAAUACCAAACCUGACUUUGGCGUCUGGGCCCCUCUGCUUGUCUUCUGGCAGACUGUCUGCACUCACUUGCCUUGCCUGAAGAGAGUCCAAACUCUCCACUGACACCCUUGUUUCCAGUUACUGAGUAUUGAGUGUAAUUCAACAAACAGUUUAUGAAGUGCCUACUAUUUUCACUCCAGGUAGUGUGUUUAGGCACUGGACAUGUGAAGACAAAAAUGAAACCACCCAUCUCCUCAAGGAAUUUCCAUUCCAUUAGUAAUUCUCAUUUCCAUCUAAAAUAUUUCCGAAAUUGCUGGAAUCCAAAGGAAUAGUUAGUUUUAGGUGUGUGGAAUAUAAAUAGAAGCUAAAUGAAACAUAGCUGUGCUCGUAACAAAGUACCUCUUCCUCCUCAAAAUAUUAAUUCAAAAGUGUUGGUGAUUCUUUGUCUUGUAAGUCACUGUCAACAUUAGAUUGUGAUCCUUUUUAGGCAUGUAAAAUUGGUCUGGAAUUAAUGAAAUUAUUAGAAAAUACCAAAUUGUUAUCUGCAUAGUUGGAACAUUUGAAUUUUCUUGUCCCUAAUGUUGGUUUGAUGGCACCUAGUAACCAAAAACAAGAGCUAAAUUUCAACGGCAUAUUUAUGUGUGCUUCAUAGUCCAGAUGCAUUGUUUGCCUCUUUAAAACAUGUGUACCAUUAAGAACUUUAAGGCAUGCAGAAGUGCCAUGAUAGCCUGCUGACUAACAAGUGUUUAUCUUGCUGCUUCUUGCUGCCUCCUUUUUAAAACAAAAUGUAAUUUUUUAUAAGACACUGUACUUAACACUAUAUAUAGUAUGCUGCAAAAUAACAACUCCAUUUGUUCUGUUGUUUUUAUCCGACAAGUGAACAACUAAAUAUUUCUUUUUCAAGUACAUAUAUAUAUAUA